AACGAGACGCCAUUGUCAAGGGUAACUAAGGAAAUACCGGAAGUUGUCAUUCUAAAACGAGGCUGCAUAGGAACAAGAGGUGAAACAGAAGUUGGUGCUAAAAUGGAUUCUGCUUACCUGAAGAAACAGUUGGGGUCUUGCCUUGCAGCCUGCUUGGCAGAAGUAGCAGAAAAGAGGCCAAGGGAUCCAGUAGAAUACAUUGCACAAUGGCUGUACAAGAUGAAAGAAAAUGAACAGUAUAAAGACCAGAAAGAGAAUGAAAAGAAGAUGCUCAUUCAAGAACAAGACAACUUUGAAAAAGAGAAAGAAACACAAGCAAGAAGGAAAGAAGAAGCUAUGAAAAUAGCAGAAGAAGAUGAGGAAAGGAGAAAGGCAGAGGAGGAGCGUGCUAAGAAGGAGAGUUCAUCACCAACGAAGUUGCCCCCAGUAAUGGAGGCACAGGAACCCACAGAGGAUGAGAUCAAACCUUCAGUGGCCGCAACCCAGGAAGAGACUGCACCCGAGGCAACAGAGGAGGCUGACAAACCAAGCGAAGCAACAGAGACACCUGCAGAAGGAGAGGCAGAGAAAACAACGGAAGAGACGACAGUGGAAGCACCAAAAGAGGAGGAAGCUGAGCAAGGGAAGGAGGAGGAAGGAGAGGCUCCAGCAGAGGGAGAGGCAUCCUAGAUAGAUAUACCCAACAGUUCUAAGUCACAGAAAUCAAAAUAUCAUUCAAUCAUUGACAAUGAGGCAUUUACUUAUGUAGUUAGGAUAUUAAAUUGUUUGUGAAAAAUCGUCUAAAGAAAUGAAAAAAAUAUUACUGAACAUUUGAGUUAUUUGUCAAAAUAUUUAAUGAUCUGGGAUCAAAUCAAGAGCUGUAGGCGGCUUAAGACAGAUGUGUCGGAAGCACUGACUUACACAAGUUUGUAAUAACUGGCCUAACUGUGAUAUCAAAAAUGAUAAUGCAAACUGGACAGUUUCUUCAAUCGUCUGUGAAAAUUACUGACAAUAUGCACACACCUCUGGAACUGUAACAAAAUCUUGGCUUGGAUGUAACUGUUAAAGUGUGAGUGGAAAUGUAGGAGUGGAAAAAUGAGAAUGUGAUGAUGAAAGUAAGGGAAGCAACUCUUGCAUUGUUAGCCAAGAUUACCAGUAUGCAUGUGUUUUAUUAUAUUUAUGUUGUAUAAUAAAUUGCGAAUAUGUU